GGUGAUCAAGUGACGGGAUUUGUUUUAAGUGGUGAAGGUGGCGGUUUCCAUCUUAUCUCCAUUGAUGCCAUCAGUAGGGACUCCUGAUAUGGUUGAUGAGUCCAAGGGACAGCAUCCAGUUGAAAAUGCAAAUGGUGUAGACGGAAAUAAACUAGACAUACACCCUCCUCUUCACUGCGAUGAAAAACCGACUAAUGGUGCUGGCGAUUCUAUGGUCGACGACAAUGAUGACGACAGCAGAAAACUUUUUGUCGGUGGUCUUAGCUGGGAAACUAGUGAAAACGAUCUGAAGGAAUAUUUUUCCCGUUGGGGAAAAGUUACACAAUGCAUCAUCAAGUUGGAUAGGUUCACUGGGAAUUCAAGAGGGUUCGGCUUUGUUACACUGGAAAGUGAAGACUGUGUAUCAAAAGUUCUUAGUGUUCCUGAGCAUUGGCUAAAAAAUAAGAAGAUUGACCCUAAAAAGGCGAAACCUUCAAGAGAGCCGUUGAAGAAGGUUUUUGUCGGCGGUAUUGAUCCUGAAGUGACAGAAGACCAAAUCCGGGAGUAUUUCAGUACUUUCGGGAAGGUCGAGUCGUUAGACCUACCAUAUGAUACUCAAAAAGGGAAGCGGAAGCACUACAUAUUUGUUAGUUUCUCUACAGAGGCGGCAGCUAGAAAAGCGAUAUCGAAAGAGCGUCAGGAAAUCUUUGGACGUCAAUGUGAUGUUAGAGUUGCUGUUACACGAGAUCAGGCGAAUAGGCAAAAAGUAGCCUUAAAACAGUGGUACAAUUGGUUCGACCCCAGCUAUGCGUAUUCUGGAUAUGCUUAUGGAGACUUUGCGAAUGCUUAUCCUGGUUUUGAUCCUUUCACCUACAACUACUAUGGAUACGAUUAUUAUGGGACUGCCGCAGCAGCAGCAGCUGCAUCAGGGUACGGUGCAUAUACCAAUCUAGCAGCUAAUCAGUUUCGUGGAGUGAUAAAUGCCAAUAAAGUGAGUCAAAAUAUCCGCCCACCCAGCGCUGCAACUCCUGGAAGUAAUACUCGUUUAAUCAGUAGUGGUACGACACCUGGAACAAUGGUUACAAACCCCCAUCAAAACCAAUCCCACACACAUUUGAACUAUGCCAACUUGCUUACUUCCCAACUAGAUCCCCAUCAUACAACUUUGUCCGCUGGUUUGGAUUUCCCAGUACCACAUCCUCAACCUGGUCAAGCGAUGGUAGCCGGAACGCCGCGGCUGGUUUUCCACAUCCACAGUGAACUCCGUUUAUCUGGCAUGAUUUUUGAAAGCCAACCAACUGUAAAACUGGUUUAUUCAAGUUAGUUUGAGAGAAUCCUCUCGUUACCUGAAACUCAAUGAUUUUUUCAAACCAUAUAACACUGGGCUUCUGUGAAUACAUUCAUAUUUUGUGAGGGUUGAAGUACAUGUGAGUUGUAUCAUCCCAGCACCCUACAUUGUGCCUGGUUUACUAAGUAAGUGUGACUUAUUUUGUUGCUCAAUAUGACUUCUGGUGCGUUUAUUCCCCUUCAUUUUUUGGCUUCCAGGACUGUUCAAUUAAUCUGUAUCUAGCGGUCAGCUUCAGCACAGCGUUUCUUUCCUUAUUCAAGUAAUUUUUGAAACUUACGGAUAUAUAUAUAUAUAUAUAUAUAUAUAUAUAUAUAUAUAUAUAUAUAUAAACCCUUCUUGUGUACAGAAAAAACAUUUAAUGAAAACGUUAUCAUUACUUUUGUUUUCGAUUGCAGUACGCAGUUGUUACCUUUCUUCCCUGUAUUUUUAAUUCCUGUACAGGUUCCUUCUCUGUAUUUUAUGAAGUCUAGUGACGUAUUUCAGCUAAUUUCUUACUUCAUUCAGCUAACAGUUGUCAAUUGUGGUUUCUGCAUAUAUCAUCUGUAUAUUUCUUUUAUGGAUUGUGUAGGUAACACAUCUCGGUCAGAGUUUCCCUGUUAUAAAACAUUUUGCGAAUGAAAGUGUUUGCUAAUAACUUGUUAUUAACAUGUUUUUAUGACUAUUUUCGCUUAAAUUCCCGGUUUCACUAAGACUUUCUUCAGUGACCCUGUAACUCCUGAUGUCGUCUAAAUUGAGGAGUACAUUGCCCUGUGCGAAUAGUGCUUAUGACGAUACAUGGUUUUUAUAUUAUUUCCCUGAUGCUAUUUGACUACAAACUGGUCACUUGUUGUACACACCUAUUGAGCUUAUUUUGAGAAGUUCGUAAUACCUUCUUGUAGUUG